GAAACAGAAAAGAAACCGAAAGCAAAAAAGCUCUUCUCAGCUCAGUUCCAGGUCUACUGCCAUUCACAAUGUUUACACUCAGCAACACAGAUUUGAUACAGGAACCACAUUAAGAAAACCUCACCACAAAUUUCCAAUUAAUUAAUUUUGCAGAAACAAGACACAUUUCAACUAAGAAGACAAGUAGUUCAUCAACAAAUGAAUACCUCGGGUAAACCCUACGAGUGGCAGCUGUUUGAUGGACAGCAAUGGUUGCAGAUACAAAACGAUAUUAUAAUCGAGUAUAACUACUGCCAGCCAGGAACAAAAGGGAUCACCAUUGAUACAGACAAGGGACCUCUUUACAUUGAUUAUGAUGCCAUGACAAUAAACGCCUUGUUGUCCACGACUUUUGAUGGCCUUGCUGUACGACGACUAUCGUCUCUGUCUCACAAUCAGAGAGAAGAUGUGGGCUGGUACUACAAAGACAACAAUUCCUGGUGUGAAUAUGGGUUACAGGGAUCAAGUAACAGCACGUCAUCAAUAAACAGUCGGGACAUAGAGCAGCACUAUAACUCCAAUCCCACAAGCAUCCUCCAGUUUAUAACAGGAAAAUAUAAAUACAAUUUGAACUUCUCUGCAAUGAUACAAACCAACCUGUCUACUGGCAAACAGAGAGAAGUGAGGAGGAGGCCAAAGUUUAACACCAUAACCUAUGUAAACAACAGUCUGAACAUUGACCCGUUUACAUCGACCAUAAACCCAUCUCCAUCAGCUACACAUACUGCAAAUGCAUCCACAGAGGUAUCCUGGCAGUUUAUGGGUGAUGAAGGCAUGUGGACAGAGUAUCAGAAACCAAGUUCUUCUCUGGAGAGUAGUGUGAUAGAGAGAGAGUAUCAGAGGAAUCCACAAGGCCAGCUUGCUUUCACGGCUGGGCGUUACAAUUACUCUCUCAAUUUUAACGGUAUGUACCAGAUCAAUUUGACAUAUAAAACAAGACGAGCUGUCCGGAGAGUCUCUGCAGAUGAGAGCAACAGUACUCUUUGCCAAGCUUGCUGGCAGUUUAAAGAUGUAGACGGCCGCUGGAAAGUCUUUGUUAAAGGCACUGGGAAAGGGAAAUGUACUGUCUCGAUUCAGGAAAUUGAGAUGCAGUACCAGCAGAACACAGCAGGGAUUUUACAUUACAGCUCAGACCAGUUCAGCUACAAACUUGACUUCUCAGAAAUGACCCAGACUAACUUGUCCACUGGUAAGAGGAGGCCAGUCCGACGUGUCUAACUUCAAGAGCUGGAGUUUAUCUAGCAUUUCUCAGGAUGUUUAUUCAUUUUAAAACCUUUAUUAUACAUCUUUACUUUCCGAGCUGCUGAUCUGUAUAUCUGAAGUCCUAUCAAUUUUACUGCCUAAAAAACAUCUCACCAGAACAAUACCAGAUUUGUGCAUAUUUGUAUUAAAGAUAGAAAUUGGGCAUCACUGUAAAAAUAUAUUAUUUACUGAUAAUUUAGUCUUCCCUGACAUCUAAUCACUGUUUACUUCAUUUCUUUAUCGUGUGGUUCAUGGAAUAAUGUGCCUGUUUAUUUGUGUCUGCUGUUAUCACAGAUCACUGGCAUUUUUGUCAUACUGUAUAAACACAUUGCGAAGAUAAUCUGUAACACUUAAAUACCGAUGUUUACUGUGCACUUUGAUUAAACUUUAUUUAAACAUUAAA